GCUCCCUGCUCCGCUCCCGGCACCGCCGCCAUGGCAUCCAAGUGCCCCAAGUGCGACAAGACCGUGUACUUCGCCGAGAAGGUGUCCUCGCUGGGCAAGGACUGGCACAAGUUCUGCCUCAAGUGCGAGCGCUGCAACAAGACGCUGACGCCGGGCGGGCACGCCGAGCACGACGGGAAGCCCUUCUGCCACAAGCCCUGCUACGCCACGCUCUUUGGGCCCAAAGGCGUCAACAUCGGCGGCGCCGGCUCCUACAUCUACGAGAAGCCGCAGAUCGAGGGGCAGGCGGCGCCCGGCCCCAUCGAGCACGCCGUGAGGACCGACGAGAGGAAGGCCAACGCCGCGCCGCCCAAGGGGCCCAGCAAAGCCUCCAGCGUCACCACGUUCACCGGCGAGCCCAACAUGUGCCCGCGCUGUGGCAAGAGGGUCUACUUUGCCGAGAAGGUGACCUCGCUGGGGAAGGACUGGCACCGCCCGUGCCUGCGCUGCGAGCGCUGCAGCAAGACCCUCACCCCGGGGGGGCACGCGGAGCAUGACGGGCAGCCCUACUGCCACAAGCCCUGCUACGGGAUCCUCUUYGGGCCCAAGGGAGUCAACACGGGCGCCGUGGGAAGCUACAUCUACGACAAAGACCCCGAGGCCAAGAACCAGCCCUAGAGGCGCCCCCGCGCCGGGGCGCCCGCCCUCUCAUCCACGCUUCAGUGUUCAAAGGAAACGGGCGCCCGUGYCUCCGGCCGCCCCGCCGCACGCUGCCCACCCUCGCUGGGGACCCCUCGCCGCGCGAGGGCUCGUUUUGUCGUCACUUAUUUAUAAGCAGAUGCCCCCUUCUCC